AUGCCCGUUGUGGUGUUUGGGAAUCUUCCGCCGAACGUGCAGCAAAAGCACAUGGCUGGGCUGAUCACCACUGUGGGCGACGUGAAAGAGAUGAUGCUCAUUGAUGCUGGAGCCUCUCGCAAGUUGUAUGUUCGGUUUGCUCGACAGGAAGAUGUUGACGUCGCACAAUGCUUGCACGAGUGCUUCUUUCUUGGCCGCCUUUUGGCCGUUGAAGCUGCUGAUGACAUGCCGGCUGAAGAGAAGCGAGUCAAUUUCUACAUUCCACCGCUGCCCGUCGCAAGCAACGUCAUGCCGCCUCACCCCGCGAUGAUGGCAGCCAGUAUGCUACCCAUGCCCGGACCAGCUCAAUUGGGCCCAAUGCCGAAUCCGUUCAACAACAACCCGGUCGCAUCCCUUCCUCCCCCACAAGCCACUGAUACAAACUUCGCACUGGCUGCUAACGUCGUUGAAACGGGCAAAAUGGACGAAAUGAGACGUACUCUGUAUGUGGGGAAUUUGGCGCUUCAUACUAAGCAAGAAGAUGUUGUCAAAGUGAUGGCAACCUGCGGCACCAUCAAGCAGGCGCGCAUCGUUAUGGAUCCUUCGCGACAAGCACGAUUUUGCUUCGUUGAGUUUGCUCACAUUGAAGAUGUUGCAACGGGUUUGACGCUGAAUAACUCACUCUUGCAUGACCGGUUUGUGACUGUCAAUUACGCCAAGCACAACAUCGUCAAAACCAGGAAUGCAGGUGCUCGCGACCGCCUUGCUGCCCAAGCCCUAAAGCGGGCCAGUGAUGUUGAGGCCCGAAUUCUUGCCCGAAUGAAUAAAGGCAGCGGUGCCGAUGAGGGAGAUGGCAAGCGACGCUCCCGCAGCCCGCGCAGGGACCGGAGCCCACCGCGUCGACGCUCUCCGCCUCGCCGCCGCUCUCGCUCGCCCUACCGUCGACGCUACUCGCGCUCGCCCGACCGUCGCCGUCGCCGCUCUCGUUCUCCUGAUUGGCGCCGGGGACGCCGCGAUCGUGAUUAUGAUCGUCGCUAUCGUGACCGGGACGAUGACUACGAUCGAUACCGCGGGCGAAGUCGUGAUUACGAACGUGAUCGGCGCAGAGAUCACGAGCGACGUGAAAGUGAGCGCGAUCGCGAUUAUGAGCGCCGGCGUGAGGAUGACGAGGACUGGGUUGAGAGCCAAGAGUAUGAACGAGAUUCGAAAUCUCCUUCCAAGUAA